AUUUCGUUCUGUUGAGUGAAACGAGUCGAAUAACACUUUUUUUUCGUUCUCAUAAAUUAAUUUUUUUUAUUUUUUUAUUUUUCUUUAGUUUUUGAUUUCUUUUUUGUUUUUGUGUUUCCUAUAAAUUUUCUAAUUUCAUCGGCCACCUAAUUUCUCGAUAUUUUCCGUUUUAAAAAUAUCAUUUUAUUAUUAUACGAAUUUAUUGUGUUUGAGCUGGAUUUUAUUUUCAAUUUAUCCAAUAUCGACUACGCAUAUUACUAUACACGGUAGAACGGUUGUUCGGAUAUUUUCAAGUUUUCUUUUUCAUUAUUAUAAUUUGGAAAGUGAUUCGAGUAUUGAAACGUUUACCUGAAUGAAGUGCAAUUCCCGGCUAGAGAAAAAAAAAAUUGGUUCAUGAAUUCAACUAAAACUAAAUGAUGUGGAGCUGUGUUUUUUCAAUUGGAUAGAUAACAGACUAUUUAGCUAGAGAGAAAGAGAUAAUUUAUUUUUAUACAAAAAGAAAAUAUUUUUGCGAUUAAAAAUAGGAUGUAUUUACAAGUCAUUUUAUAAAAAAAAAAUCAACACGUGACGCCAGUAUUAUUCGAAUCGGAAGUUGGUGAACUUUGGAGAGCACAAACUGAGAAGACUACUAGCAAUCAAAAAACCUCAAAAAGUUUCUUCUUUUUUUUUUAAACAAAGUAAAAGUAAUCAAAAAGUGUGAUAAAAAUGACGAGUGGAAUCGUUGAAGCUCAACAAAAUGGAAACGGUAGCACCAACGGCCAGGAAGAGUCCAAAACAAACUUAAUCGUAAAUUAUCUUCCGCAAACCAUGACACAAGAGGAGAUACGAUUACUGUUCUCGAGCAUUGGCGAAGUAGAGAGUUGCAAGCUCAUUCGGGAUAAAGUGACAGGACAAAGCUUAGGCUAUGGCUUUGUGAAUUACAGUCGAGCGGAUGAUGCUGACAAAGCGAUUAACACCCUGAAUGGCUUACGACUUCAGAAUAAAACUAUUAAGGUUUCCUUUGCUCGUCCAAGUUCCGAAGCGAUAAAAGGAGCAAACCUAUACGUUUCCGGUUUACCAAAAAAUAUGACCCAACCCGAUUUGGAAUCAUUGUUCGCACCAUACGGACGAAUCAUAACAUCGCGAAUUCUGUGCGAUAACAUAACAGUACAACAUAUCGUUACUGCAGGUGGAAUUGAUAUAACGGGCUUAUCCAAAGGCGUGGGUUUCAUCCGAUUCGAUCAGCGAUGUGAAGCGGAAAAGGCAAUCAAGGAGCUCAACGGUACAAUUCCGAAAAAUUCAACCGAACCGAUUACCGUCAAAUUUGCAAACAAUCCGAGCAACAACAAGGCCAUGGCCCCAUUAGCCGCUUAUUUAACGCCACAAACUGUUCGACGCUUUGCUGGUCCGAUUCAUCAUCAUGCAACGGGUGGUCGUUUCAGAUAUUCCCCAUUGACUGGUGAUAUACUAGCCAAUGCCAUUAUGCCUGGUACAUCAAUCAACAGUUCUAGCGGUUGGUGCAUAUUUGUGUACAAUUUAGCCCCCGAAACCGAAGAAAAUGUUCUGUGGCAAUUAUUCGGUCCGUUCGGUGCCGUUCAGUCAGUUAAGGUUAUUCGUGAUUUACAGACGAACAAGUGCAAGGGCUACGGAUUUGUUACAAUGAGUAACUAUGAAGAUGCGCUGGUUGCGAUUAACUCAUUAAACAAAUAUGUACUCGGUAAUCGGGAGCUUCAGGUUAGCUUUAAGACAAACAAAACUAAGGGUCAGUAAGGUGGAUCCGUUAGGUUUUAAUUUAUGAUAAACAAAAGAAAAAUAUUUUGUUUUUCCUUUGAUGUCUCUUUAAUUAUACUAUAAAUAUUGAUUCGUUUACAAUUUCUUUUUCUUUUUGAGUUGUAGUUUGUCAAUUAUUUUUUUUGGUUUUCUUUUUUGGACGUAAUAUGUAAGGUGAUUUUUAUGUGUUUUGACUAAAAAUUAUAGAAAAAUUUACACAACAAGAGAACAAAAUAAUUCACAAGAAAUCUUCGUCUUGCAAUGAGAGAAAGAGAGAGAAACUAAAGAGAACAAUUUAGUCUAAAAUAAUGAUAAAAAAUCAAACACCAUAACACCAUAAUCGUGAUGUACAAAAAAUGUAAGAAAAGUGUUUACAAAAAAAAAACGGGAAAAAAUUUCGUGAACAAUUUGAAGAGACAAACACCGAAGUAAGAAAUUUAAAAAAAGAAAGAAAAAAAAAGGAAAAUGAAAAUAACAAAACGAGAAUUAGACAACAUUUACAAAGUAAAUUUAGAUGUAUUUUAAUGACAAACAAAGUUGUACUUGCUAAAUAAGGGAAGAAAGAUCAUUUUAAAAGUACGAACCGAAAAUAUCCCACAAACACAUCGGUUCGGUUGGAAAAUAUUAUAUUCCGUUCUAGUAAAACAAAAGAACAGGAAAACAGAAGAAAUUAUUAAGAAAACGAAAAAACACACAGCAAAACUGUUCGAAAUGUGUUCAGAUUUAAAGUAAGGAUUUUAUAUUCUUGAAUAUUUAAAAA